CCAAAAUCUAAGAAGAGCCUUGAAGAUGUGCUUUAAAUCUGUUACAAGCAAGGGAUAGAGCCUCAAGCGCUUUUAUUUUGUAAAGUGAAAGCAAAGUACCACUUAAUAGAGUCCAGAGUAUGUACAGUGUAGUUAAAUCAGCAAGUAGUUGACCACUUUUAUUCACAUUGGCAGCCUGACAAGCUGCAAAACACAUCCUGAUGGAGGUUUAUGGGAUAGAAUCGAAUAUAAGUGUCAAGGUAUUAGCAAGGCGGACACGUUUCGGUCCGUUGUGGAAAUGGAAAUGUGUCGAAAAGUGAGGAGAAACUGAGGAAUGGGUUUUGACACUUUUUGCUGUUUGUAUACCAAACAUGUGAGAUGGAAGAUAGCAAACAUUUUGGCAUAAAGAAGAAAUUAAUUAAAAAUCAAGUGAAUUUUAUUUUACGUAGCCUAAAAUCACAAUCAGAGGUCUUCGCAAUACGAACACCAUACGAAACCCUCUGUCCUUAGACCCUAACCCAUUUUCAUAAAGAAACAUUUAUGAAACGGGUAUCGUACAUGCAGAGUAGAAAAAAGUAACAGUAGUAAAAUUACAAUAUGGAGAAACAGAAUUGCAUAAAUAGAGUACAAAUAUAAGUUUUUGGAGUAAAGAAAAAAAGUAAAAAAAAAAAUUAAAAAAAAGAAACAGUUGCACCUCAAACCUAGGACACCACUUUCAGGUCAAAAUAGGACAAAAACAUACCACAAAUUCCAUUUAGUAGCUGUUCUGGAGCUUUAGAUCAUAUCACAUGAUCUUCAUCAGCAGAUGGGGUUUGCCCAGUUGAAAUCUGAGCACUUUAAGGACUUCUCCAUGUCGACUCUAAAACCUGAAAUUGAACAUUUAUUCUUGACCUGGGAAACAAUCUCACCAUAAGGUCCAUUCAGCAGCUCUUCUGGAGCUCUUGAUCACUGAGAGUAGAAAUGUAAUUCAAUGUCUUAUGUUGCUGAGAAACAGUUUGAUAUAAAUGUCCGGUGCUUGAGAUGAAAUUGAGUUUUUCUAAACACAUUAUGUCAUAACUGAAUUAUGCUGAAAUCAUUGCAUAAUCAUUUUAAGCAAACCUCCAUGAUGCAGUCAGCUGACUUUAGUUAUUGCCUCUGACUCACAAGCAAAUCAUAAGACUGCAGGUGCUCAUUGUUUGAUACCUGAUAUAUCCGGUUUUUUUUCACAUUGAUAUGAACAGUUGCCUCGUGUGGUAGCUGGUCACAAACUAUCGUGUGCAAAUACAGAAAAAGGUUUGAAAAGUUAUCAUUUCUACAACUGGCGCAUCAUCUGAGCCGCGCCGCAUGACCCGUUGCCUCAGUAACGGACCGCGUUGCAUCAGCAUCCGCAGCAUCAGCAUCAGUCACCCAGCUACUGUCAAGGUCGCCAGCGAGAGGCAUCCUGGGAAGGCGAGGACACCAGAGCAACCGCGGGGGGGCGGCCACAAUCAUCUCCUCACGACCCUCAGGAAGCCCCCUUUCGCGCAUGCGCCCACGCUUUCGUCAGAUGUGCUGACCAACUAACCGAAUAAAGGCUGCAACCAUAAUAGGGCAUGGACGCCGCCACGCCUCACGGGAUGCGGCGAUGAUGCACAAGAGUCAUGGAUUUCUGCACGUAAAAGCUGAGGGGAGGGGCACCGUCACGGCAUCCCAGCAUUCCAGUUUUUCAUAGGCUGAUGGAGUAGACGAAAAGAAAUAAUAAAAACAACUACGUGCGGUUACGUGCGGUUCUCCUCGCAGCUCCUGUGUGAGCCGAAUAACAAGAGAAAAGUAGGGAGGUACUGCUGCGAAAACCGACUGCUGCAGCCCACCGAGGGGUUCCUUUGUCCGGCCCGGUAGUCACCACAGCUCUCAGCGCCGGCGGGCGGGUCCUGCAAAGCUUUUAACCACCGCCUGAAGAUAUCUUCUCUGCAUCCUUCAGUUGAAGUAACAUCGUCCAGCUAGAUUUCCGAAGAUGGAAGGGCAGGAAAAGCAGAUAACAGGUUAUCUCCUGUUCUCUCUGGGCACUGCUGUCAUCGGCUCCCUGCAGUUUGGUUACAACACAGGAGUCAUCAAUGCUCCAGAGCAGAAACUACGAUCUUUCUUCAACGAUACCUGGGUUGAGCGUUAUGGCGAACCCAUCAGCCCGGGGGUCUGUACCAUCGUCUGGAGCGUCGCCGUCGCCAUCUUUAGCGUGGGUGGCAUGGUGGGCUCCUUCAGCGUGGGCGUCAUGGCGAACCGAUUUGGCAGGCGUCGCUCCAUGUUCCUGGUGAACUGUCUGGCGGUGAUCGGCGGCCUCCUCAUGGGCUUCUCCACCAUCUGCUCCUCCUAUGAGAUGGUGAUCGCCGGUCGCCUGGUCAUCGGCCUGUUCUGUGGUCUCUUUACCGGCCUGACCCCCAUGUAUGUGGGCGAGGUGUCACCCACUCCCCUCCGAGGAGCCUUCGGCACUCUUCAUCAGCUCGGUGUGGUGGUGGGCAUCCUGAUCGCUCAGAUCUUUGGUCUGGAGGCUCUUCUGGGCUCAGCCAAGCUGUGGCCCCUGCUGCUGGCCCUCACUGUGGUCCCUGCUGUGCUGCAGUGCAUCCUGCUGCCCUUCUGUCCCGAGAGCCCUCGCUUCCUGCUCAUCAACCUUAAACAGGAGGAGCAGGCACGCAAAGCGCUGGUGCGUCUGCGUGGCAGCGAGGAUGUGAGUAAAGACAUGCAGGAGAUGAAGGAGGAGAGCGCCAAGAUGGCCAUGGAGAAGAAGGUGACCAUCCCCGAGCUUUUCCGCUCAGCAGCGUAUCGACAGCCCCUCCUCAUCGCCGUCAUGCUGCAGCUCUCCCAGCAGCUGUCAGGAAUCAAUGCUGUGUUCUACUACUCAACAGGGAUCUUUGAGUCAGCCGGUGUGAAAAAGCCCAUCUACGCCACCAUUGGAGCCGGCAUCGUCAACACCAUCUUCACUGUUGUUUCUCUCUUCCUGGUGGAGAAGGCAGGACGGAGGACUCUGCACCUCCUGGGAUUAGGUGGAAUGGCGGUCAGCGCUCUGGUUAUGACCAUCUCCCUCCUGCUGAAGGACAUUCCAGCUAUGAGCUACAUAGCCAUCUUUGCUGUCAUGCUAUUUGUGGCUAUGUUUGAGCUGGGCCCCGGUCCAAUCCCAUGGUUCAUUGUGGCUGAGCUGUUCUCCCAGGGGCCCCGCCCGGCAGCCAUGGCUGUGGCUGGCUGCUGCAAUUGGACGGCCAACUUCCUGGUUGGAAUGAGCUUCCCUAAACUAGUGGAGUGGUGCGGGCCUUGGGUCUUCCUCAUCUUCACGGCCUUCCUCGUCCUCUUUUUCAUCUUCACCUUCAUUAAAGUCCCAGAGACGAAGGGCAAGACCUUUGACGAGAUCGCCCGCUGCUUCGGCGGCGCCCUGCCUCCCACCUCUUCGUCUGCUGAGGACCCUCCUGCCAGCGCCAGCGCCGCUGUGACGCUUCCCGCCUCACCGGUGAAGGAGAAGGUCCCGCUGGUGGAGGCGGCUUCAGCAGCUCCGCCUCCCGCAGCUGAAAGCACACCCCUUGAAAAUAAAUCUAACUAGACAGUGCAGGAGAGUGUGUAAAGCAGCUGUAGAUAUAUUGAAGGGUGAAUGGGGGUUAUAAAUUAAGGAAGAAUCACAGAGAUUUCAAAAAUGCUGUAAAUUGUAGUUAAUUAUCACACCUUGGAAUAAUAGAAACUAUAUAAUUUUAUAAUAGAUCUACGACAGCAUUAUCAAUUUAUAGGCUCAUACUUUCUGCUUUCAUGGUAACUCCUUAGACUUAUUAUUCUAAUCCUGUCUUUUUCAAGACAGCUGUGUGUCUAGUCAGGACAACACUUUUCAAACACAGGUUGUGUUAAUGGAAAUUGUUACUAACAGGUGUCUGAUUGAGGUCCAGGUCAAAUGUCCAUCGUGCAGACUAGAAGCAGAGUGGGUUGACAAUGGCACAGCCUUUCUGCAGGUGUACAGGUGUUUCCAGACAUGUUAAGUCCAUUCACUUCUGAGUUCAGGUUCAUGUAGUGUGAAGGCGCUGACAUGGAUACCGAUGAUGCACUUUUUUUAAAUUCACGUAUUCCUGUUAUAGUGGAUAUUUUAGUGCAAUAUAACAUAGCUGUAGUUUCAUCUAGUCAUGUUUUCCGGAAGUAUUCUCAAAUCACAGGUCUAAGAAGGGAUUUAUUUUUUUUGUGCUCUGCCUUCAGAUUCAGCUGUUGAAUAUGAGCUGACAAACCGAAGAGCUUUUUAGCAAUGCCAAAGUACUGAACUUUAAUUGUCACCUGGUGAAACACAUGUGACCUCAAAUGUGUUUCUUCUGGUUGUUAAAUUCAGGGUGGGAAAUUAGCAGCAGCCACAGGUCAUGCAAAGUUUAUUAAUUCUGAAAGCCAGUUUGGUGGUUAAAGCUGUAAUCUACAAGUGCCACCCUUUUGUGGUCUUGUCCUGCUUGUUCUUGGCUUUUCAAUUGGUGAAGUUGGUGCUCAGUUCUACAUUUAUUCCAAAUAAACAACAUUUCCUGUUUACAAGAGAAUUUUGUUAAAAGAUAACUGUCAUGAACUUGUUAUUGGUUGAAUUGUUAUUCUGAUGUAUUAAUAGGCAAAUAUAUAGAGGCAAAUAGACAUUCAUUUGUUGUUAAAUCUUGUGGAUUAUUGCUUUACCGGAGGCUCUUUUGUAUUGUAAAAUGGUAAGAUCAUGACUGUGGCUUAAGAAUUUUAGGACUUGCUAAUCACUGUGACCUGUGGGCAAAAACAUGUUGGCUGAAUUGUUUUAGACAUGUAGAUUACAGUAGGGUAACGUGCAAUGUAUAUUUUUUUGUUGAAGAGAAAAUUAUAAGUAUUUAUUACCAUAGAAAGUCAUUUUUGUAUAAAGUAUUUCGUUACAAUAGACUAAAGCUAAUCUAGAAUCAUAAUGCUUUCCAGACUAGCCCCGAGUAAUGAAAAGUUGAACGAGUCUGUAGUGAGCUUUUCCUGCUGUGGUGGAGUCAGCCUAUAUCACACCAAGUGCAGCUCAGAGAUUUUGAGUUGACUGAGAGUUAAACACUGUAAAUCUCAUUUGUUGCUCUCUAUUUAGAUGCACUUUGUUAACCAAAUAAGCAGCAAAGCCAUAAUCACUGAUAUAGAAGUCAUUGAGCACAACAGAGCUUUAUGUCAGAUUAACUGAAUAAUAAUUAAAAACUAUAUUUACCUGAGCGAUUGCGUAUAUCUGGCCAAGCUGUUAUUAGAAUAGAUAAGAGUUGUAGAAAAUGUGCAAUCAAUAAAAAAACUUGAACCUAAAAAAAUCUGCAAGCUGAUAAUGAAUAGAGGCAACUAAAGGGGAAGUGCUAAUACUGUAUAAACAACGGGUAAACAACAUUUUAGUGGAAGACAAAUUGCCUUGAAUGGUUCCUGUCAUUUGAGUAGAAUAACUAAUCUGGUUAAUUAAUGUUAUUUUUUAUUAUUUCAUAUUUUCACAAAGAGAGAAAUGACUACUUUGACUACUCGAAUGUGUUGACCUCUAUGAUAAUCUGAGAAAGUCAUUUGGAAUCUGCGUCCUGUGUGUUUUAUAUGUUAAAUCAAAACAAGAGUGUCAUUCCAAAAUGAGAUGUCCGCCAUUUUUAAAACUAGACACCUUUUAUUACGUGACUGGCAGCUUGGCAUUAAGUUAUGGUAGUUUCAUAAGACUGGGAGUUAAUCUGUUGACACAUUUAAAGCACCUUGAAUUGAACAGAUUGAAGUUUUAGUUUUUCAAACAAUAUUCUGAAGCAGAGUUGCUCUAGAUGCAGGACUACUUUGGCAAGCAUGAUUACUUUUCUAAGUAAUUUAAAAGGCAAAAACUACAAGAGUAAGACGCUGAUAUAAGCUUGGCAUUCUUGCUACCAACCGAAUGCUAAAUUAGCCUAUACCUGUGUAGGUAAACUAGCGAGACAGUUUAUCGUCUGACAUCAUGUGUGGUCUUAAAGAAAAAAAGAUUUUUCUUCUUUCUAUUUAUCUCUUAACUUUGUCUGUUGGCUAUGUUAGAUAUCUUGUGCUCCAAAAUCUGUAACUCAAACCAAUGAGAUUAUUUCUGCCUCCAGCGCAGUGCAAACGGACUCUUGUUUAAGAACUAAAACCACAAUCUGCCUUCAAGUCAAAAUUAACAAUUUUUCUUGAAAAUGGAAAUAGCAUUUUGGAGUGAAACUUUCAGAUGUGCUAACUUGUUCCAUGUGUUUCAGAAUGCUAACAUGACAUGUUGUUGUGAUCCAUCAUGUGUUGAUGGAUGUGUUAAUGCUUUAAAAAUCCUUUGGAUGACAUUUAAAGCCCAAACGCACUGAACACAACUUUUGACACGUCAUUAUAUUAAGUAUAGUGAGUCCCAAAUAGUCAGCUGCCACUCUGCUCACAUGCUCAUUGAACUUUCCAAUCCUGCCAAGAGCAGUAGUAGUUCCUAAAUAAUAAAAUCUAAAAUUGUGCUGUAAUGGUUGACUGCAACUUUUAGCAAACGAUAUAUUCCAACAUAGAAAUACCUAUUUAGAUGAUAAUAAAAUGAACAAUGUACUAAAAAUUAAAUUCAGACUGCUUCCGGUGUGUUUCUGGCUUUAUUUGUCGGGACCAGAUGCUGUCUACGUUGUGACACAUUGUCUGAAAAGUUAGCCAUGUGUAGCAUUGUCAGCCUUUACAUAUUUAUCUAUUACAGACAUUGUACAGUAUGUUUGGUGUAUAAGUGUAUGACACAAAGUAUAUUUUCUAUAUUCUAUAGUGUCUGUGAAUUACUGUUGUUGAACAAGUUUUUCAAGACAGUAAUUCAUGCUGCACUUUGAGAACAUAUUUAUUUAUUUAUGUAUUGUUUAUUUCUUGGCUACACUGGAAAAAUAUUUAUCUUGACAAGUGAUUUAUACGGAAGUGUAACAUUUGAUUUGCGUGAUACCUGCCUUGUUUUAAAAUCCUGACUGAAAACAUGAAAAUAUCACUCUGCUGCCAUUUUUCACUUGUUUUGAGAAGACUCCUUUGAUGCGAUGUAAAAGGGCUUGUUAAGAUGAAUAUUUCUUACAGUGAGGGGCUAGAUUGUGGCCAGAGUCAUGGCUUCGCUGUGUAUUGCUGUAUUUGUGGAUGAUAGUGACGUACUGUGUUUGCACAGCGGGAGGCGUGUGGUACACUCCUCUGUAGUGGUAGUGUUCAGUGUUGUAUUCAACCUCUCCUGCAGGGUCCUGCUUCUGUUCUUGGCUACACCUACACUGCUCCGUCAGUGUGGCACUAACACUGAACACUGAACUUGACCAAACCUGAGACUAAUUGGAUUCAAAAUGCUUUCUAUUACUCGGCUUGCCCAGUCGGGUUUGCGUUUUGCGAUAUCACAAUUUGAAAUACCUCUGAAAUUUGUGCUCAACGCUAUGCUUUUUCUCUGAGUGUCUCAGAGGUAAAAGUGAAGAAACAAACUGAGAACUGCGUUUAAUAUGGAGUUUUAAAGGUGUAAAGGAAGCCUACAUGUCACUUAUGACAAGCAGGGAUUUGUUUUUGGUGUGCCACAUCCAAAACCAAGUUAAGAAUUUCAGUUUAAGGGUGCAAUCACACCUACAACUAUUUUUCUCUGGUUCAAACCCUUGUGGAAAAGCUAUGAUUUGUUUGUGGGUAAAACUGAACCAAGUGAAACAAGGAUUGCGUAUGAAACGUCUACACUCACCGGCAGCCUUGUUGUUCGAAAGAGAUUUGGUAACUUGUCAUCCUAGCAGAUUAGAUAUUUUUGCAGUUUGGGCGAGUCAGGGCAAAUCCAAACCUGGCCAUUAAAACUGAACUAACAAAGUAAAUGCUCCGGAGUUCAAGCUAACUUGUUUGGUGUGACUGCCCUCUAAAAGACCGCUCACAAACGUAUGUGAAAGGAUUUGAAACAAACAUGUGGACCCAGGUGCACACUGCUCCUAACCAUAGCCAUCUACUUUAUGCAUAUGUAUGAACUCAAAACUCCACUCACUGUACAAAGAUAGGAGAGUAUAAGUAUUCAUUUGUAAAUAUGUAUUUUUUAAAAGAGUACUGUUUAUAUGUUGACUUGCACGGCCGUACGUGUGUUGGGAUUAUUUGUCUUUUGGGGUGCGCACGUUCAUUUUGUAGAAGAGAGGAACAGACUCUAGCUGAUUUUAGCUGAAAAUCUCUUUUCGGGCUGCUCUUUAAAUAGUCCCCUGGCACAUUUUGCUCCAUCUGUGUGCGAACAAGAAUCAAUCACCAACUAACACUACUGUCUCCUCUCUUUCAUUUUCAUCUCAUGUCUUUCUCAUCACUCAAUUGCAGCCAUGUACUUUUAUCUGUGUGCCUAAUCAGAUUACACUAGUAAUAGUAGUAAUAGUAGUUGAGUUUUGUCAGGUUUUUGGCUCGGCUUUGUCUUUUUCUGUACGUCGAAACGUUCUUGGCUAUAAUGAAGGCACCAUGGCAUUUGCAAAAUAUCCAAACAACUGUAUAAUAAACCAGCUGUGACAUUAAUCACGUAGUGUCACAGACUUGAAUCUAACAGGAAGAAAAAUGUCUCAUCAACAUGCUUUGGCUGCUGUGAUCUUUGUUUCGUCUAUUGCUUGUUUGGUCCUCAUCUGUGUGUUAAAUGUACUGACUGUGCUGUAUGUUUGAGUAUCAUGUACUGUAAGUCGGCUAUUUGUGCCUCACUGCACCUCACGCAUUCAUAGAAUGUUAUUCAACGUGUGUGUUUCCUGUGCUUCUGUAUGUAGGAUGUGUCUGAAAUCACUCCCUCAGUCACUUAAUGAUACACAACAGGUUGCUCAAUCAGGAGCUGUGUCGCAUAACUGUAAUUUACACACUCAACAACAAUCAUUAUCUGUAUGCUUUGCUGUUUCAGUGGCAGCCAGUGACUAAGAUAAGACUCAAUCAAAUGAUAUUUACAGGACGGGGUGAUCAACUACAACCUCGGUUUCUGUAAUGUGAAGUGAACAUCGUAGCUUCGGUGUGAAUAUCCAGGCUUUUUAAACAUUUCUCUGUGCCACACCAGUGAUGCACCCCGAAUGUUUUUGUUUCACUUGUGUUUGUACUGUACAUACCAGAUAUAAUGUUGUUAAAUAAAGUAUUCAUCAUGUAACAAGA